GCCUUAAAAGUUAAAAAGAAAACUUUUUAGGAAGGCUAAAUUAGGUCAGGUUGCCCUUCCAUUUCUGGGCCAAAGGUCCUUUUUAUGCAACAAGUGAAUCAUUAACGUGUUGGUUAUAUAACCAGCCACUGCUUUUCUUUCCGCCUGCUGUUUUGAGAGUUUUUAAGAUACAACACGCCGAGGAAGAUGCAGCUCCCGGUUUUUGUCGUCGAUGCAUUUACAAGGGAAGCAUUCCGGGGGAACCCCGCCGCCGUUUGUCUCCUGGAAAAUGAAUUGGAUGAAGAAACGUACCAGAAAAUUGCAAGAGAAAUGAAUCUUUCUGAAACGGCUUUUAUCCGGAAGCUACAUCCGUCGGACAACUUUACCCAAAGUUCCCGCUUUGGGCUAAGGUGGUUCACACCAGCGACUGAGGUCCCUCUCUGUGGUCACGCUACAUUGGCUUCCUCAGCCGUGUUGUUUCACAAAAUAAAAAAUGUGAAUCAGACGGUAACUUUCGUCACUCUGAGUGGGGAGCUGAAGGCCAGACAGGCAGAAGACGGAAUCGUCAUGGAUCUGCCCCUGUAUCCGACACAGCCCAAGGAUGUUAAGGAAGUCCAGGACUUAAUCAAGGGGGCUCUGUGCAACGUACGGGUGCAGGACGUGCGUUAUUCUCCAGACACCAAGAAGCUGCUAGUUCGCAUCGAUGAUUCCUAUGGAAGGUCCUUCCUGGAGAACCUGGAAGUGAACGCAAGCAAUCUGACACAGGUGGAAAAUACAGGGAAAGUGAGGGGACUCAUCCUCACCCUGAAAGGAGAGGGGAGUGGAAAGCCUCAAGGUUACGACUUCUACUCCAGAUAUUUCGCCCCCUGGGUCGGCGUGGCGGAAGACCCUGUCACAGGGUCUGCCCAUGCCGUGCUCAGCAGCUACUGGUCGCAGCAGCUGGGAAAGAAGGAGAUGCGGGCUUUCCAGUGUUCUCGCCGUGGGGGAGAGAUGAAGGUUUCCUUGCAGGAUGGUGGAAGAAUUGACAUUACUGGUCAGACAGCUUUGGUUCUGGAAGGGAAGCUGACCAUUUGAAAGUCACCAUGUCAAGAAUUAUUACUUCUGGUCACUUUUGCAUAGUUGCUCUGUACAGUUUAAAUACAGAUUUAAAAGGAACCUGAUUGGUGUAAUGGGCCCAUUUGAAAAUUAUCAAAUGAAAGAUAUAAAUUUUAAAACUAAUGGGAAGUGUGAGAGUGCCAGAAAGGGUUGCCAUCUCCAGUGUGGUGACUUGAAACAAAUGUAAUGUCCUAAUCUCAAUCAAGGUGCAUCUAAUGCAAAUUAAAUUGUGAGCUCUUUGAAGACGGGAACUGUCUUUUGCCUCUUUCUGUACCCCUACUAAUUUAAUAAAUAUAAUGGAGUAAAAUUUCAA